GAUGAUGGGUCAUGGUUAGGGGUCUCUCUCUCUCUCUCUCUCUCACCUGCCCAGGUGGAUUCUGAACUUGUGGUUUAUGUUUGUGGCGUUGUCUUCCCUUUUUUUAAAAAAAGAAAAGAAAAGAAAAGAAGAGAAAAUCGAAAACUGAAUAUAGGCGGCGUCUUUUGCUUGUCUUUUUUAUGUCGCUUCCCUGCAGAUGAAUGUCUAUUUGGAGUCCUUGUCUAAUUGGAGCGGGUCCCAUGUUGCCUUAAAUCUGGCCAUCGUUCCCUUUAUAUUGUAUCGAAACCGUGUGAAUAAUCACCGCCGAAUCAAGAUGAUCUUUAAUUGAAGUUCUUAAUGGUUGCCACGUGUGAGGAGGCGACGUACUGGAAGCGAAGCUCUGGGUUCUCCCUGGUCGGGGGCAUGACAAAGAGGCUUCGGUGCAUGCCAGAAGUGGAUGGAAAAGGUGACAGAUUGCACGGAAAUGGCGGUGGAGAAUGCAGGACGAGUGGCUUUUAGCCCCAUAACCAUUAUUUAUAGAAAGCAGAGGAAAAAAACAGCCUUUUGCAUGGACAGAGCAUUUAACACAGCCAAUUACUGCGGUUCAGACCAAGUGGGCACUGGUUUUAGCUUCUAAGUCACACGAUCCUACCACGUUGGCCAUUGAAGAUCACAAAGCUGAUCGUCCGAGCGCAGCUUCUCUGACAAAUCUGACUCUCCUCUUUCUCCAAAACUGAUUAGGCUAUCCAUCUUGACCACUUCAAUUUCUUGACAAGAAAAAAAACAAAUCGCUUUAUCGAAUGCUCCUUAUCGGAGAGUGUAGCCCUUGCUUGAGUGGGAGAACUGUGCAUUGAAACCUGUGGGAACCUGAUUAAUCCAAAGAUAAACCAGAGGAUUAAGUUCUCACUGCCCUUCACUUGUGACUUUAGAGUGGACGAACGAACAAAGAGUUAAAACUCCUUCCAAGAUGAAAUGCAUUUGCCCAUGAAACUGAUCAUUGUCAGAGAGGAAGAGAGAGAGAUUCCACUUCCCAAUCCAGGCUAUUCUUUCCUCCCGUAGCUCUCUUCACCUUAGCAGAAACCUCCCCACUUCUCUCUCUCUCUCUCUCUCUCUCUCUCUCUCUCUCUUCUGUUCCCAAGCCCCGUACAGCACCCUAUUUAAUAAUGUUACACAGACUCCUCGCAUUUUCCAACUCUUGAUAACUUAGCUUCUGAACUCUCUUCUUUUAUCAGAUCAAAGUACAUAUCAAACACCAAGUCAGCACAUUUGGGUAUUUCGUCCUUCUGCCAUUCUUUUCAAGCGUUUUAUCUGCUAUUCUUCUUCAAGACAUGGAACCCGAAGAAGAGGUCUGUCCAAUCAACGCAGGAGAAGACACAACAGCAAGAGCGUUUCCUUGUUUAUUCUGUUCAAGAAAGUUUUACAGUUCUCAAGCCUUAGGAGGCCACCAAAAUGCUCACAAGAAGGAGAGACAUGCAGCAAGGAAGGCAAAAAGAGCAUCUGAAAUAUUCCCACCACCAACAUUCCCAAUGAUGUUUGCUCCUAGUCAUCAUUUAGGGCUCUUGCACCCUUCAUUGUACAGAACUGCUCAUGAAGCCACCCUCCCGUGUCCUCCGACUCACCAGUUUUCCGAUCGUUUUGGAUCCAAUAAGGCAGCCAGGUUUGAUAAUGUGCUGUUUUAUGGGAGCAGUAGGUAUCGUCAAUAUGAUCAAGAAGAUGAGCAGAGUUUCUUGAAUUGGCGAAGAAGCGUGAGAUUCAAUGGAUUCAACGAAGGUGGGUCCAACCAAUAUCUUUCAAGGGUGAGCGGCAAUCCCAACAUGGGGAUCAGGAAUGAUAAAGAUCAGAAACUUGAUUUGACUCUUCAUUUAUGAAGAAAAAUAUGGUAAGAUAAUGACCUUGGCCGAAUGGGCUGGAUUAACUUUUGUAGCAACAAGCUUGAGAACUAAUUAACUUUUAGUUAUGGAAUAAAGGUCAUUGCAGAGUAGUUAAUUUUCAA